AUGACCAAUCAGCUUCGUUUGAUUUUCUCUCUCCUCUUCUCUUCAUUUUUCCCCUCCCCAAAUUAUUUGAAAAACCCCCCUCUUUCAACCCCUCCACCUCUUUUCACCAUGUCUGCCGAGGAGCACGAUGUCACUUUCGAGUCGGCUGAUGCCGGAGCUUCGCUCACCUACCCCAUGCAGUGUUCUGCUCUGCGCAAGAACGGCCACGUUGUGAUCAAGAACCGCCCUUGCAAGAUCAUUGACAUGUCUACCUCCAAGACUGGAAAGCACGGUCACGCCAAGGUUCACUUGAUCGCCACCGAUAUCUUCACCGGCAAGAAGCUUGAGGAUCUCUCCCCCUCCACCCACAACAUGGAUGUCCCCCACGUUAUCCGCAAGGAGUACCAGCUCCUCGAUAUCACCGAGGAUGGCUUCAUGUCCCUCAUGACCGACAGCGGUGACACCAAGGAUGAUGUCAAGGUCCCCGACAACGAGGUUGGUGAGAAGAUCAACCAGAUGUUCACUACCGAGGAGAAGGAGUGCAACAUCGUCGUCCUUACCGCCAUGGGCGAGGAGGCCGCUAUGGAGUGCAAGGAGGCCCCCAAGGCUUAAAUUUAAUACUUGGAUUUAUUACCUGUUAUGCCAACCUUUAUGUUCCACGAGGGCUCAAAGCCCGCCAAAAAUUUUAUCUUUCAUGGUUCAAAGGAGGAUACGAUUCUCUGAACGAUUAUUCCUAUUGCUUCAAGAUCUGUCCCCCACAUAACCUUGGAUGUGGGCUGGACCGAGAAUUGCUUUGGUUGGCAUGAUAUGUGUUGUCCGAACAGUUCUGAGUCUCAGCAUCUCAUGAUAGUGUGAUGAAUGAAUAAAUACUCAAUCUUGCUUGACUA